CAACUAUCCGGGAAUAUAAAAAAAAAUCUUUAUAAAAGAAAUAGUUAUUGUAUUUAAUGGCAACGCUAAUGUCCUUAACAGCUGAUAGUAUUGGCCGGCGAUUCGCAAAAUACACUUUUUUAUUUACGUUCUGUUGUGCAACAAAAUUAAUAAAAAUGUUACGGCUCGUUAAAAGGGCAUUGGUUGGAAAUGUUACGCCAAUAAAAAUAAUAGUAAAACCCCAUGACAAUACGCCCACAAUUAAAGGAUUUUCCAUGAUAAAGCGAAGAUGGCAAUCUACUCGAGGAAAUGGAACCACAACCAUGCACUUCGAGGGUAAAAAAAAAGUAACACCACUUGGUUGGUUCUUGUUACUGGUACCUGCAUCAGCAUUCGGGCUUGGCUGUUGGCAAGUAAAACGCAAGGCUUGGAAAGAGCAAUUAAUCAAAAACUUGGAGGAACUAACGAAAAUGUCACCUGUACCCCUUCCCACUGAUUUUUCGGAACUUUCAGCAAUGGAGUACCGUUUGGUCACUGUGAGGGGAAAAUUCUUACACAAUAAAGAACUUCUAAUGGGCCCACGUUCAUUCAUACGACCUGAUGGGAGUGAAACUGCUGGUGGCUUGUUCUCUCAACGUGAUGCAGGCAAUGGCUAUCUUGUGAUAACACCAUUUCAGUUGGCAGAUAGAGAUGAAAUUAUUUUGAUCAAUCGCGGUUGGGUAUCCAGGAAGCAAGUUAAACCGGAAACACGCAUCGCAGGACAAAUAAGUGGUGAAGUAGAGUUAACUGGCGUGGUACGCAUGGCCGAAAAUCGGCCACAAUUUUCACCUGAUCAUAAGGGAGGCGUUUUCCUCUAUAGAGAUUUGCCAAAAAUGUGUGCAUUAACUGGUGCAGCGCCGAUAAUGUUAGAUGCUACAUACGAGUCUUCUGUGCCCGGUGGACCAGUUGGUGGUCAGACACGUGUUACAUUAAGAAAUGAACAUUUAUCGUAUUUGCUUACGUGGUUUAGUUUAUCAGCAAUUACUUCAUAUCUGUGGUAUCGUCAAAUAUUCAAGAGAAUACCAUAUUAAAAAUCAAAAACAUAUAUAUAUAUAUAUAUAUAUAUUUUAUUGCAAAAGUAGCUCACAUUUUUAUUAAUCAUUUUAUUUUCCUUUCUCUUAUUCAUAAAAAUAUGUUUCAUUACUGUGUACCUACAUUAUUGGAAUUGCAUACAUAUUUUUUAUUGUUUUAGUGUUAUUGACAAAGAAAUGAAGUUGAAUGGGAGGAAGUUCGUGCUCAAUACUUGAUUUUGUAUAGGAAAUACAUUAUUAAUUAAAAUUUAAAACAAAUUCCAUUGAUGUACGUAUGUAUGUAAGUACCGUUGGCAGGAAAUGCGAUAACUAACAGUAUAUGAAUAGUUUGGUUGAAUUAUACUUGGCGUGUUUCAAACAGCAACGCAUUUAAAGAUUAUUUGUAUGCUCAAUACAACGUGAUUUCUAUAAUGAACUCUUACAGUUGCACACUUGCACACAUACAUUCUUGUAAAUAUAUUUACAAUAAUAAAUGUUACAGCAGAAUAUUAACAAAUACUGUA